GGGACGGGACGAGAAGACGGGAUGGGAUGGGGAGGGCGAGGGCGAGGGGAAGGGAAAUGAGAUGAGAAGAGAAGAGAAGAGCGGAGCAGAGCAAGAGCAAGAGAAAGAGCAAGAGCAAGAGCAGACAAGAGCGACGGGAGCAUUGCCAGUUGGAGGCGAUCAGCGCGAAUCGGACUUGCGGAGGGCGUUCAGAGUUUGGGAAUCGACGGACGGUGCGUGGGCUGGACGCGAGAGAGUGCAGCAUUCUGCGAGCAAUCUGCAGAGUUGCGAGUGGCAUGUGCUGGGGAUCUGCGUCGCGAUCGACUUCGUGUUCGAUUGCUGCUCUGCGUUCCGGAUCUCUGGUCUGCGCGGGAUUUGGUUCGAGAUUGGAGGGAUUUGUCCGGUUCACGUCGUUGUGGAGAGUGCAGAGGGAGGAGGAGGAGGAGGUGGUGGUGGGGGUGGCAAGGCAGCGGGGGAGGAAGGGGUAGAGGAUGGAAUUGACGCUGCAGGAGUAGAGGGAUAGGCUGGGGUGCGUUGGGAAGUGGAAGAGCGGGAUUGCGUACCCCUGGUAUGAGUUCCCGGCGGGGCCGUGGAUACAGCUUUCUCACAUUGCAUACGACCUGUACUUAUCGAGAAUUCGGCCCUUGAUUGUUGUCACGUCGCAACCUCGGGGUUCAUGCAUUUUCUCGAGUUCUCCACAUCUUUUGAUCAUUUCCAUCGUGGCCACAGAACCUCAGUUUUGACGUGCUUUUCACAGUUCCUUCGAAAUCGGUGUCCCUUCGUUCCGUGACAGCAGCGUCCGAUGGAAUCAUCAUUGUUGGCCAAAGCCAAAACUGCACUGCAGGCUGCAGCUGCGAAAGCUGAACGUACUAUCACUGAGAUGAAAGCUGAUCUUAAGGCUGAUUUUUCGAAGCCUGUAAGCCCCAUAUUUUCGCCGCUCUUUCGGGGGUGUGAAGGCAAAGGGGAACUGCCUUGGAUAGGAAAGUCUGAGGUUGAGAAGCGUCAUGAGGCAGAGUUUCGGCAAAGAAUUCUUGAGAUCCCUAAGAAACCAGAGGAGUAUCUUCUGCAAGAACAUGACGAGGGAUCUAUGGUGGACAUGCGUGCGGCGAUGCAGUCUGCAGGGGCCGUACUUGAGUGUGAUGAAGAAUUACGAAAUCUGCGAUUUCUCUAUGUCCCAAAGAAGAUGAAAGAGCAAGAGUUCUGGAGGCGGUACUUUAUUGCGGUCAGAAGCAUUAAGCAAGAAAUCCUUGAGUUGGACCCGGACUUGAUUUCAGAAACUCCCAUAGGGAUCGUUCACCGAAGAUGCAGCUCGGAAGCCGGGAGCAAUGAAGCAGAUAGUCCCAAGAAAGACCCAUCUGAAGAAGAGGCUUACAAACGAGCAUUUACUGUUGUAGCCAUCCCCCCUUCCAUGCUUCUUCGACGUCUAGCUUCAGCUGCAGAGGUUGGAAGGACUUACAAAACCAUGAAAGAAUUAGCCCAAGGUUACAAAAACCUUGACAAAGAUCAUCCUUCAAAUAGCGGCGAGUGGACAGGUUUGGCCACGGGUUUGGCGAUGAUGCGCAAACUUUCUAACAAGGACGGGAAACCGAAGAAUCAAAAUAACGUUAGUGGAAGUUACAAUUCACUGCUUUGGUCUUUGUUUGAAACAGACACACAGUAUGAAGAGAAAGAUAUCUUUGUGGAAUCAUCUGUCUCAGCAAGAACAAGAUUGCCGGAAGAGGUCCAUGGUGCCCCCCCCGAAAGCUUCGUUGCUCGGCUGGCAGAAAUUAUGGGUGGCAUCAAAAGUGAACAAAAGAUGGCAGAAUUCUGGCUGGAAGUUAUCAAAGAGUUACGGCGACGGUGGUUUACAGGUCAGCCAAUCUCAAGGAUGCCUGUCGAUUUAAGCCCAGAUCUUCGAUAUUGCCUACUGCACCAGCAAAUUCAAUUAAUCAACUGCUGUAUGGCAAGGCGCAAGCGCCGAGCUUUCACAUUGGCCUCACUGCAGAAAGGUCAAACAAGAGGCAAUGAAACACCGGAAAUUACCAGAAUUCUUUCCGAUAGUCCUGGUGCUGUUCCGACCAACGAACAAAAUACUAAGUUGUACGUCAAACAAAAGAACGGUGACCUUCUUUUGAGGCUUGGAGCUGAUCAUCCAGCUGCAGAUUUGAGAAUGCUGGAAACAGGAGAGGCCAUUUACUCACCCGUUACUCAGGAGGGACCAGUCUUAACUGAAGAUCUAAUUCAGGAGACCGAAGAGCUUGUGCUCCGUACUGGAAGUGUGGGCGCUGGAUGUUCUCAUCUCCUCUCUGACAUGCAAGCCUUCAAGGCUGCAAAUCCUGGCUGUAUUCUAGAGGACUUCGUGCGUUGGUAUUCUCCUUUAGAUUGGAGAGAAGGUCCAUGCUCAGACCUUAUCUUAACAACAUCGGUGGAAGAUGAAAAUGUUGCUGAUAUCAAAGCUUCGGCGCGAGGGUAUCUAAGUGCAAGAAUGCAAUGUAAAGGCAACCUUUGGCAAGAGCUAUGGACGUCCGCUCGUCCAAUACCUGCGGUAAAGCAGGCUCCAUUGUUUGAUGAAGAGCUUGCGGGGGAAAGUACGCUGGAUGCAUUGGAGAACGUUGCUCCUUUUUAUCUUUUUGAGCAGUUGUUUACAUCGGCAUUGAGUGCAGGAUUUGCAAUAGUGGAGGGUUCACCAGCAGCAAAGAGAGACCCAUUGAAGAAUUGUCUGAAGGAGUGUACAGAUUAUAUCAUCUCUACUUGCGGUAGAGGUAUGAGUGCGGAGAAGCUGGAACAUCUGUGUGAGGUGUACGAGGUGAUGGAAGCUACGGUCCAUGUCCCACCCCAAGACGUCCAGGAAGCACGUGUACACCAUGUGGAUAGCACUUCUGAAGCUCUGCAGUAUACCCCGUCAGAGAUAGCUUGUGAAUCACGUCGGGGAUCAGAGGGUGAAAACCCACCUGAGAAACUUUUAAGACGAAAAUCAGCCCCAGAUAUCUUUCAGAAUGUCAAAGGUGACAACAUAUUUUCUCGGCUCAUGGAAGUUAAAGUUAGUUUCUUCGAAAAGAAGAAUCUCAGGCCAGCAUUUGUGGAGGAAAGGAAACAGUCUAUUAGCGAAAGUGAUUGGACCAUAGUUUAGAAGAGAAUCUUUUUGUAAAGAAGGCGGGGAUAUCAUGGGUUCUUCACUCUGUAGUCAAAGAGCAAUACUUAGCACAGGUUCUGGUUUUAGUGUCCUUGGUUGCACAUUUCUCAGCUACGACCAGUUUGUCUUCGAGACCCGUUUAAUUGUUGCCGUCUUUCUAUAGUUGUCUAUUCAAUCCAGGCGACCACAUUAUGCCUAGAUUAGGAAUAGUACCCCCCCACACUCACACACACACUCAAACACCUUUGUAACAUUGAGAUGGCCAUCCCUCUGCCCCACAUUUGUGUAUAUAUCCACCACCGAAGGAUGGCAAGUUUGUCGGUCUGCCUUAACUAGGUUCUAAGAGCCAAGAGGUCAUGCUUUGGUCGCAGUAAAUAAGGUACAAAUGGACAUGUGGUGAUUGGUGUAAUUAUUUUUCGCUGAGGGUGUUUGGCCAAGGCCAGUAAAACACAUAUUAAUAAAUUAUUCCAGCCUGUUUGUCAUACAGGUCUGAGUUUCG